CGGGUCUGCCUACAGACGCCCGCUCUCUCUCUCGCGCCCCCGCUCUCUGCGCCCGGCUGUCUCCGACCCCGCUCUCUGCGCCCCCGACGCCCCCGCUCUCUCCAACCCCGCCAGCAGCGCCAUCCCCGCCCGCAGCGCCCCCGACGUCCCGGCUGUCGCGCAUGGAAGGUCGCCAUCCCCGCGAUCCUUAUGGAAGCGCCCCGGCUGUCGGCUGCUCCAAGAAAGGAAUUAGCGUCGUGUGGAGGACCCGCCCCGUUCUCUGCGCCCCCGACGCGCCGCCAUCGCAUUCCCCGCGUGGUCUGCUACAAGGAAAGGUCCGCGUGUGGUCCGUUGCCGCCAUUCCCCGCCCCCGCUCUCCUCUCUUGGCUCUCCUCUCUCUGCUGCAGCCGGCGCCCGCCAGGUCCGCGCCCACCAGCCGCAAUCGUCCGCCAUCUCCUCGAGCCUCUUAGUUUUGCGCAAAUCGAGCUGCGCAAAUCGAGCUGCGCAAAUCGGGCCUUCCAUCCAUGGCAGCCGCGCCCCUACAGUCAAAGAUUCGCGGCUGCCUUCCCCCAAUUGCUCCCCCUCCUCUCUCCCUACUUACGUACACCACACCUGCCCCUUCCUUUCUCCAAAUUAGCCGCAGUCCGCGUCCACAACUGUCAUCGGUGCUCUCUCCAAGUGUCGCGCCACUGUGCCGCUGCCGGCGACGAAGAAGGAGCCCCGCUCCCAACCUCCGGUGUGCCGCCCGCAAUUUUCUGCUCACCGCCGGCGUUCCAAGAUUGUUGCAAUAAGGGAUAUCAUACCUCCUGCUGUUGUGUAGCUCACAUUAUUCCAGUCAUUGUCAAUUCUCUCAGAUUGUUGCAAUAAGGGAUAUCAUACCUCCUGCUGUUGUGUAGCUCACAUUAUUCCAGUCAUUGUCAAUUCUCCCAGUUCUUCUAGCAGUAGAACUUUGCUAAUUGAAUCUGCAAAAGUAACUUCGACAGCAAAAAGGUUUUUGUCCCGCGAGAAUGGAAUCUCUAAUUGUAGGCUUGUCUCAUAACAAGCCAAAAAAUUCGGUGGCAACCGCAAUAGUUCGAGAAGACUAUAUUUGCACGCAAGGUGAUCUUGCUCUCAUCGAUUUUAUUAAGGAAAUCCCUUGUGAACCAAGGGUAGAAGUCGUGCUUAUUGAUGAUGCCUUUGUUGAAAGGAAAUGGAUGGAGUGUUUAUUUCAGCCGAACGCAUAUUUAGGUGACGAGGUUAUAGACUGUUACAUAAAUUUGAUAAAAGCUCAGAAGCAUCUAAAGUGCCGAUCUGGAGGUCGCGUUCACAUAGAAAAUGCUUUCCAGUUCAAUUUCCUGAAGCGAGAUGGUGAUGUUGAAAUUAAAACAGAAGAGCUAUAUCCAAAUAAAGACAUGACACAAAUAUGUAGCGCUGAACGAAGGGUGUUACUUUACUUAGACCAUGACAUGGUGUUUAUUCCGAUAAACAUCCGAGAGACGCACUGGUAUCUUGCCGUGAUCCAUGCAAGAAAUAUGGAGAUACAAGUGCUCGAUUCACUUGGUACUUCACAAGAUCGCAAAGACCUCACUGACUCUAUUAAAGGACUACAAAGACAAAUAGAUAUGAUAUCUCAACGUAAGGAGUUAAAAGACCACAGGUGGCCAGACCUCCAAGUUGCUUCUUGGCCGCUCAGAGAAAUAAACAUGGGAUAUGCAAAGCAGACAGAUAGCUCUUCAUGUGGCCUCUUUCUUUUGAACUAUAUCGAAUACUGGACAGGAGAUGAACUGUCUGACAGUUUUACCCAGGAUGACAUGUCACACUUUAGGAAAAAAAUGGCUGCUAUAUUACUAUCUUCAGACCUGAAUAAGAGAAGGGGGUGUCUGUUAUACAAAAAUGAAAAAGAAGUUGACUCUGGAAGCCCAUCUGAUGUUGAGAUAUUAGAAAACCCAACAGAUUCUAAUAAGAGGAAACUACUCCACGUGCUGGAUGAUAGCGAAGUAGUGUUUGAAGAUGAGGAAGGCCCUAUUACUCAAGCAGACUUGCAAAGGUGGUUUGUUGAUGAUUGGGAUAAAAGAGCUCAUGUAAAAGUCUCUAACGAUGGUUGCACCAAUGACUUUUUAAUGGUUGGUCUUUCCACAAAGGACAUGCCAGUGACUAAAGCCGAUUCAAUAGAUGUUUUAUGUGAUUAUAUCAUGGCAAUAGAAGACGAUACGACACUAGAGAGAACAUGGGUGCGAAGUUUCAAUCCUUUUAAGAUAGAAAUAUCUGUCAAAGACCUGCAAAACAUAUUAACGACAACUCAAGAUAUGAUUCUAAGAUGUUUUGAUAUGGCUGUUCGGCUGCUUGCCAAUAAAGAGUCACGUAGACCGAAAGAAGAAAUCAUAAAUAAUAGAAAGCAUUAUAUGGACAUGCGUUUUUGGAGAAUGGUUGGUUUUGGUAAACUUCCAAAGUAUCAUCAGGAUCCUACAACAGAAGAGUUAGCCAAAACACUCGAUUGUUGGCCAUCAAUGAAUUAUUAUAUCACGGGUUGUAGAUAUGUUCUCAUGCCAUGGAAAUUCAAUGGAUGUUACGCCCUUUUCGUAAUAGAUCAUGUUAAAAAGCAUGUGACUUUUAUUGAUUUUACACCGACUCAAGAUUGGUGUAAACACAUGCCAUACAAGAGGUUCGCGGAAGCGAUUAUCAUGGCCUCAAAAAAAUAUAAGAUUGCUUACAGCAAGAAACGUUCUGCAUGGGCGGAGGAUAUCUUUAAGUGGGAACAUACAAUUCAGACUGGUGUUCCAAUUGACUUAAGAGGGUUUAAUACCAGCUACCUCGUUCUACAAGCUAUGGCCAUGUGGGGGAAUGACAGACGACUGAAAUUUGUUGGGGAUGCAAAGACUCUUCGAAGGAACUUUGUGAUUGAUCUGUUAAGUUAUGAGGAUAAUUCGUGCCGAUAUGCCAUCCCUGCAAACAUACAACAGAGACUCAUCGAUAUCGCUAAAAAGGAUUAGCUGAUUAGUUGUCGACAUAUUUGUCUGUAAUUAAAAAUUCUAAAUUAACUUUUUAGAAUUAAUUUGUGUGAUAUUGAUAAUGUUUUCCACGUAUAUUUUGCAUAUUAUA